CAUCGGGCCCCUUGCCCCGCGGCCCCCCAGAGCGCUCGGGACUCGCCGGUCGCGGGCUCGGCGGCAACAUGUCUGUGGCGUUCGCAGCCCCGAGGCAGCGGGGCAAAGGGGAGAUCACGCCCGCCGCCAUCCAGAAGAUGCUGGAUGAAAAUAACCAUCUUAUUCAGUGUAUAAUGGACUAUCAGAACAAAGGAAAGGCCUCAGAGUGCUCGCAGUAUCAGCAGAUGUUGCAUACAAACCUGGUAUACCUUGCAACAAUUGCAGACUCUAAUCAAAAUAUGCAGUCUCUCUUACCAGCACCGCCCACGCAGACUCUGCCGAUGGGUCCUGGAGGGAUGAGCCAGAGCGGCCCUCCGCCCCCCCCUCGCUCUCACAACAUGCCUUCAGACGGGCUGGUGGGUGGGGGCCCUCCUGCCGCACACAUGCAGAGCCAGAUGAACGGCCAGAUGCCUGGGCCUAACCAUAUGCCAAUGCAGGGACCUGGGCCCACUCAGCUCAACAUGACAAACAGCUCCAUGAAUAUGCCUUCAAGCAGCCAUGGCUCCAUGGGAGGUUACAACCAUUCCGUGCCAUCAUCCCAGAGCAUGCCCGUGCAGAACCAGAUGACGAUGAGUCAAGGGCAGCCAAUGGGAAACUAUGGUCCCAGACCAAACAUGAAUAUGCAACCAAAUCAAGGUCCCAUGAUGCACCAGCAACCUCCUUCUCAGCAGUACAGCAUGCCACCUGGAGGUGGGCAGCAUUACCAAGGACAGCAGCCCCCCAUGGGGAUGAUGGGACAAGUUAACCAAGGCAACCACAUGAUGGGCCAGAGGCAGAUGCCUCCCUACAGGCCUCCGCAGCAGGGCCCACCACAGCAGUACUCAGGCCAGGAAGACUAUUUUGGGGACCAAUACAGUCAUGGUGGACAAGGUCCUCCAGAAGGCAUGAACCAGCAAUAUUACCCUGAUGGUCAUAAUGAUUACGGUUAUCAGCAACCGUCGUAUCCUGAACAAGGCUACGAUAGGCCUUAUGAGGAAUCCUCCCAACAUUACUACGAAGGAGGAAACUCACAGUACGGCCAACAGCAAGAUGCUUACCAGGGACCACCACCGCAGCAAGGAUACCCACCCCAGCAGCAGCAGUACCCAGGGCAGCAGGGCUACCCGGGGCAGCAGCAGGGCUACGGUCCUUCCCAGGGCGGUCCAGGUCCUCAGUAUCCUAAUUAUCCUCAGGGUCAAGGUCAGCAGUAUGGGGGCUAUAGACCAACACAGCCAGGACCACCACAGCCACCCCAGCAGAGGCCUUAUGGGUACGACCAGGGACAAUAUGGAAAUUACCAGCAGUGAAAAUGUCCUUACAUUCCAGUAGCCAGUAUCUGUUAGCAGCCAUAUUGUCACAACUCCUGCACUGUGGACACCUCCCUGUGAAGACUCCUUCCGUUCGACCUAGUAUUUGGAAAAGUCUUUGGCUAAGUGGCUGCUCCGUCAGCAAGCGCCUUUGUGAUUUAGUUUGUAAAGGCUUUAGUAGCUUCCAAAUAGGCCCGUUUCACGUUUCUACUCUAGAUGGCAACAUUGGACAGAAAAUGCAUUGGCAUGAGUCGUUUGCAGCGGUUUCGGAGCUGUGUUCCAAAUGGACUGUCACAGACUGAAGGGUGUGAACAGCCUUGCAUGUUCACAGAGGUUGAGGGGGGUUCAUACUUUUCCACAGAUUAUUUUGUAAGGGGAAGGGGGAAAUGUACACUUUUUACAGCAGCAAUAUUUUGUAUAUUAUGUUUAUUUCAUGUGAUGAAUAUGCAAGGCGGUACACUACACACUGGGCAGAAUCAGAAAUCCUGUGACUGUGGAGUGUGGUAGACUUGGCUUGGCGGUGUGGUGCUCUGUGAAGACAGGGGAGGGGAAAGACAGGCACGAUGUA